AUGGAGCGAGAGGCGUCUCGGGGCAUAUUGCAACUGCGGCAUGCCUUUUUGCAAGGUGUGCGCACGCAAUAUUCUUUUUCCGUAUUCUUGGCCAAUCGGAGAAAUUCUCCGGGAAAAACUUGAAGAAGGGCUUGACAGAAUUGAUAAAAAUUAAAAGGAAGGAGUAAAGUCGGAAAUGUCCAGAUUGCAAGAACUGUGGUCGUCGCAAAAGCCGGUAACCAGAUCCUCUGCAUUCUCAAUUGUUGCCACGACGCCGGAUGGUUGCACAGAGAUCUGAAGACGGACAAUAUCUUGGUGGAGCGGAACCAGGUGAGCAAGAGAACCCAGUGUUGUUGUUGCAAUCAUUUUUGUUUUCAGAGGGAAGUUCAGUUGACCACUGUUGACUGGGGCCUCAGCGCACGGUUCGAGAAGAAGUGGGACGCUCUGGACGACGUCAUUCAAGUCCUCUACUUUCUGAUCACCUUGCGAAACAAACACCACCUCUUCAUAGACUUCGCAAUUUUUCAUUCGCGUCAUCACAUAGAAAAGAAAGCCAAAUACAAAUUCGACGAUAUUUUGAAUUCUCUGAAAGACGUUCAUCGCCAGUUGGCUGACGUUCAUAUCGCUUGA